ACACUCGCGUGUAGCCGCACCCGGCUCGGCGCUCUUCGAAAUAACUCGAAAAAUCACCUACGAAGGGAAUCGGCCGGCAUUGUAAAACGAUUUUUAGAGGAUCGCCGGAAGUGACAAUAACAGCAAGGUGAAGUGCGUCACGGUUUCAUCGGAGUUCGAUCUUUUUGGGCGUUCUGUGGUACGAGGAAAGCUAACGCGGCGCGCACGAGAGGCCGCCUCUAGAAAAAGAGCGCGUCUCCGCGCGUUGCGCUACAUUGGAGUGUAACGCGAUUGCUCGCGAAAGUGUCCGAAGGACGUUGGAAAUGAUAAAAAAACUUAGACGAACGACUCGUUAAAGUGGUAACGCGCGGUACAUCGUGCCCGAAAGGUGCGGAUUUUUGACCGGUCGAACCGGGAGAAGUAAGAGAAGAGGCUGGCGCGCGCCGAGGCCACAGUACGGAGAAAAGACCGCGUCUUGCAGGUUCGUGGUGUGCUGCGGUAGCUAUUGUGCUAUACAAUUGUCCGAGCUUAUCGACAUUCUCGGAAUUGCCGCGUGUCAUCCGCUGCACGCUAGAGACGAUAGAUCAUCGAAAUAUAAUUAGUGAGUGGUUCGUUCGUGCACAGUGUCAAUUCAUAUAAUAUGCGAAACGCAUAGGAGGAAGGUACGGCAAACCGGCGGCGAUAUAUCCCGCGUGGUACGUAUACGUACUCAUACAUAUACACGUAUGCACGAUACGUAAAUGUGGCAUGCACAUUCGUAAGGACCGUGGACUCGUGGAAUCGUCGCUGUUUGAUCGCCGCGUAUAUCGGAGUAGCCUGUCGCGAGCCGCGUUUAACAGAGAGAUCCAACACUCUGGAAAACUUGUCGGACAGUACGGGAGAGAAGAACGGCGAUCGUCGAGAGAAGAGAGAAGUAUAUGUUGGCCAACGAUUGGUGUAGACGUUCGACGGUUAUUUGGCACGUAUGUAGUGCAAUUAUUCCCCGGUUAUACCCGGUUUCGCUCCCGUGAAGAAGGCAUUAUUCGUCGGUGCGAGGGUCGGCGCAUUUUCGAAAUAGAAACAAAAGACGUUCGGGCUACCAAUUUCCAACCAAUACAGACACUGUUCUCUUUGUUCGGUACCGCGAUACCUCGAUUAACGAUUUUGUUCAAAUUUGAAAUCGUGCCACACGACAAUUUUAACCGGAAGGAAGUUACAUACAUAUCUUGACGUCGAAUGUGCGUGCAAAGGGUGUGAAAUGCGUCGCGCUGCAGUUCGAUGUUCGAUCCAGCAGCGGCGGACGACCUGACUUUGUCAGAUUGCCUCUCGUCGCGUACGUACACCGUACACCGCCUCGGCUUCGGUGCCAACAAUGGAUCGGCGUAACCGCGGUACGCGAUUCGAAAUUCUUUCCCGAUAGCGGACGACGUGUUUAGAAAGUGAUCCAAUUGUAUUCUCGGCUUCGAACCGCAUCUUUAAUCGCUUUGUCCUGUGAUUAAACGUUGAAACAUUUCAGCGAACAUUUCGCGCGUCCCAAAUGCGCCAUAGAUUUCGCACAUUAUUGACUUCGUCGAUCCGUGCAAUCGAUAAUAUUGCAUCACGUUAACAUGGUUCUACGAUUGUGUCGUUAAUUCCUUCGCCGAAGUCACAGCGCGUUCGCAGAAGAAAAAAAUAACGAGACGAUCCGUGUACGUAGAAAUAUACUGAGGUUUUAUAAUAACGUGCUGCUCGAACUUGUUUAUAUAUAUGUAAGAACGAUUCUGCGCUUGAUACGAAGUGGUGCGGACUGUUCCUACCGUAAGAAUGAUCGACUUUUUAUCUGCGUAUUAUUUCAAAUGAUAAUCGACGGCUCUCAACGUUUACGUGUGGGAAUGGAAAAUUGAAAUAUAUUAUUCGCACGCAAAGCUUUCGCGUACGAUCAAGCAUGAAGAGAAUAUUUUCGAAAAGGGAAUGAAGAUCGCAUGUAAACCGACGACCAAGUGAUAAAAUAGAAGCGGAUACAGACGCGCAACUACAUUGAAGAAUACUCGCCGGCCGUUAUGACAUCACGUGCGAAUGCAUCGGACACAGUGAAAACGUGCGACAAAUCCUGUGGAAACGAUUUAAAUUCGUUGCGUACUGUUUUAAACCAUCGGCUGAACGUAAAUCGUGAAAUAUUUUAUCGCGGUACAACGAGCUUAGUCGACGAGUAAGAAAAUGCAGCAACAUCGAGUAGAAACGCAGAUAGUGCACGAGGAGCAAAUUUUGGAGGCGAUAGAUCAAUUGCGUCGACGUAAGGCGCGACCCGACGCUGAUCGGAUUUGCAACUAUCUGUUACGGAAAUUUUCUGUCGACGCACGAGACACCAUCGCCGAUCUUCAUCGGUUGAUCGAAGCGGAAAAAGUCAUACAGGUCGACUACAAAGGUAACACCAGUUACCGUAACGCCUCGAAAUGGUCGCGGUUGCAGCUUUACAAAAAUCGACCGGAGGGUUUUGUGAAAGAAAAGUUGAAUUCCGGGAUGGUUGCGGGUGCCGUGGCCGAGCUCGUUGUCGAGGAGCCGGAUUACCUUGAUCAAGGCGUGCCAGCGUAUAGAUUGAUCGAGCAGUUGCUCGAUGGUGUUUCUAAUCCUACUUCGAGACGGAUGGUAGAAGAUUUCCUUGGAAAAGAAGUGGCUAGUGGUAAUUUGACGCGUCUCUCGAACGGCAAUUACUCGCUGGUGGCGACGUCUGACAUGACAACCACCGCCGAGUCAACGCAUCGAGAAUCUUUCACCCUCGAAAAUGGAAACCUGCGACGUAAAGAAUUACAAACUGUUUCGUCUACUACAGGUGGCUUAUACGACUUCGACGAGUCAGAAAACUUAACAAUUACGGACUCGAGAUCGAAUACGCCGAGGUCAUCGCGUCAAGCAAGUCCUAAGUCUGAUCCGCAGAUCAGGAAAGAGGAAUGUUACGAGAUAAUUGUGGGAAGGGAUAAGAAUGUUAAGUCACCUAUCGAGUCAGAUCCUGUGAAGGAUCAAGAACCACAAGACGAACCAUUGGAGACCUCUGCGAAGGAUGUGAAGGAAGAAUCGAAAAAUGUGGACGGUCAGGCUCAUAACCUUAAAAGGUCGUCGAAGGCUGAGCGUAAACAGCGCCUGCUUGUUCGUACGGACGAUCCUAUGGACAUAGAAAUCAAGUUUGAGGACUAUCGAAAAGAUAAUAAAGAAGAAACAAAUUCGCAGAAAGAAAAGAGGGAAGAGACAGGGCAUCUUAGUGAAGAACGAGAAGAUGAGGACGCAGGAAGAAGUUCCACUAAUCCGUCACCUACACCGUCCAACACUAAUUUCGGUGGCUUUCGUAGUGCUCGUAGAAAGAGAGCAAAAAAAGUGUUUGACCCAUCUGACAAUAAUCUUGUAAAAAGGAAACGUGGAAGGCAGCCAGGUUCUCAGAAUAAGCCUUCUGCACCUCAAGAACCUCAAGAUACUUUGAAAACUGUCAUCAAAGAUGGACCUUGUAGACAAUGUAGUCUGUGUGCCAAAGAAAAACAAGAAACCUUAGUUGCUUGCCGGGAUUGUACCGUGCGAGCACAUCCGAGUUGCAUUUAUAGUCCAGAGGAAAUGAUUCAAAAAGUAGGCAGCAGUUGGCAAUGCGAACGUUGUAAGAGCUGUACAGUGUGUUGUGAAACUUCAGAUGCUGGUCCGCUGGCAACGUGUUCCUCCUGUGACGAAGCUUAUCAUUAUUACUGUCAUACACCGCGAAUAAUAAUUCCUAAAUCGAAUUCAAAAUGGCAAUGUAACGACUGUGUCCAAAAGCAAUAUAAAACCAACAUUAGCCAGAAUAUCAGUCUGGUUACUAGCAGGCCUGAUACUCCAUCAAAUCCGCCUGCAUUACCUCCAGUUUUAAGCCCGCAAGUUUCACCUGCCAGAGCAACUUCUGACACUAUGGAAGAUGACGUUCCAAGAGAUGGCAUCGAUCCAAAUAUACCUGAUGCUUCGGAUUGGACGUCUGACCAAGUGUAUCAAUAUUUCGCAAGACUUUUCCCAAAAGAAGCAGAGGUGUUCAGGCAACAGGACAUCGAUGGUCAUUCUUUACUACUGAUGAAGAGAUCUGACGUUUUGAGCGGGCUCGAUUUACUGUUAGGUCCAGCUUUGAAAAUAUAUAGGCAUGUAUUAAAGUUACAAGUGCGGAGAGAUGAUCCGAAGUUAUAUUGGCUGUAAAUAUUUUGAGUACUUAGAAUAAGAAUAGUAUUUAAGCACAAUUAAAUAUUAACACUGUACAGAUUGAUUUAUAUAUCUGCGGGGUAAGAAUAUUUUUUCGAGUCUCGAAAUCCUUUUUCAAGUUGUAUAUAAUGUAGUUGUCUUAGCUUUAAAACCUGAUUCUUUAUAAUAAAAGAACUUAAGAAUAUGGGAAAUAAGAAGGUAUGAUUUGAAAAGGAUAGAUCUGUUUUCUUUAUAAAUAUUUUUGGACUAAAUAGUUUGAAUAACUUAAAAUGUAAGACUCCCUUCGUAUAAUAUAGCUAAGUAUUUUCUGUUCAACAACUGCGAUCAAAAUUUCGAAAGGGUGCUAAUACUUGUUACAUAUUGGCAUUAACUUCAUAUUUCACAUAAAAGGCUCUAAACAUUGUUCUGUUUGAAUGAUGAUAAUUCGAAUAUGGAAUACAAGAAUAAAUACUAUUUCUAUA